CUCUUUUGUGAGAGGAGAUCUAUUUAGAUGAUAACACUGGAAAUAUAUGUUUUACAUUAGUCCAUUUAAAAAUAUAUAUUUUUUGAGUGUUUUAUAUUAUUUUUUUUUUCUGUUUUAAUUUCUCCGUCUAAAUAUAUUGGCUGGGGGCUAAUAGUGUAACCAGUUUUAUAUUGUUUACUGUCGUCCCUGAAGCACGAAAUCAUGUUCAGAAAGGAUCCAGAGAAAACUCAACUGGUCACAGAGAAAGGCACCAUGUAUAGCAUCACCAUGGGAAGUGUGUCCACAGAUGAGAUAAUGCAGAUGGAGAAGGACAGCAACAUCAAGCACUGCCAUGACAACAGCCAAGCUAUGGAGGACAGGGAGCGGGAGAAGCAGUUGGCCAGGAAGAGGCUCUACGUGGUCUCUGCUGUCUGCCUGGUCUUCAUGAUCGGAGAGAUCCUGGGUGGUUACUUUGCAGGGAGUCUGGCGGUGAUGACAGACGCCGCCCACCUGCUGGUAGACUUCGCCAGCUUCAUCAUCAGCCUGGUGUCUCUGUGGCUCUCGUCCAGACCCGCCACACGCACACUCAGCUACGGCUGGCAUCGUGCAGAGAUCUUGGGUGCUCUUCUCUCGGUGGUGACCAUCUGGCUGGUGACAGGUGUGCUGGUCUACCUGGCUGUGCAGCGCCUCAUCAGUGGUAACUAUGAGAUCGAGGGGACCAUCAUGCUCAUUACCUCAGGCUGCGCUGUGCUGGCAAACAUCAUUAUGGCUUUUACCCUGCACCAAUCUGGGCAUGGGCACAGUCACGGGGGCCUCAGCAGCGGGCACGGCCACAGCCACGGCACUAACGACAAGGGCAACCACGGGCACAGCCACGCGGCGGGCGAUGGGCAUGGGCACAGCCACAAGAGCAACCACUCACACAGUAACGGUAACCAAGAAAACCAUUCCCAUGGAAAUGGCGACGUGGAGCAGCACGGUGGGGUGGACGGUCAGCAGCAGAAGUCGGCGGGGUCGCGACCUCAGGCCAACGCCAGCGUGCGCGCCGCCUUUGUGCAUGUCGUGGGAGACCUGCUCCAGAGCAUCAGCGUGCUGGUCAGCGCCAUAAUCAUCUUCUUCAAGCCCGAGUAUAAGAUAGCAGACCCUAUCUGUACGUUCCUGUUUUCCAUAUUUGUCCUGGGAACCACCAUCACAAUUAUGAGAGACAUCCUGCUUGUCCUCAUGGAAGGUACCCCAGCUGGAGUGAAGCACGGUGAGGUGCGGGAUCGGCUGCUGGCAGUGAAGGGGGUGAAGUCUGUCCAUAGCCUACAUAUCUGGGCCCUGACUAUGAACCAGACUUUGCUGUCAGCACACGUGGCUAUUGAUGACGUAGUGGAUGCCCAGUCAGUCCUAAGGGAGAUGACCCAAACCUGCUUCUCCAACUACAACUUCCAUUCAGUCACCUUACAGCUGGAACAACAGGCCGACCAGAAGCCUGGGUGUAGCCUGUGUGAGGACCCCAAAAUGUAGACGUUUAAGUCCAUGGGAGAGGCCAGGAGCCCAGAGGAAUGAGGCUAAAUUAAGCUACCUAACCAGGAUUUAGUUGUAGCCAGUCAGUCUUUUGGCCAGUGCUUGACUUGACCAGGAACAUAUUGUAACUGAUUUCUCGCACCUCACAUUUCUACAGCUUGAGUUCCUACACCUUUUAUAGAAUAUUGGCUUAAAAUAUUGCGGAGUUCCGGCACCUUAAUAUAAACAGCACCCAACUUUAUUGUCCAGUGUCCCUGGAUGAGUACCGGCACAUAUUUCAGUCCACUUCAAGCACUGCUUUUGGCUGAUCUAUCAUGGAUAUUGGACCAGUGGGGUAUACUACAAAGCAGGUUCAAUGACUUAGCCAGCUAACUUGCUCUUGACAGCGGAGAGAAAAAAUUGAAGUUUUAGGGCUCUGUUUUCGGCUGGCGUUAAGGAUGCGCUAGUGUCAUACGCAUGUUAGUUUGCAAUUUCGUCAUGUAAAAAACUGGCGGCCUGGCAUUUUCCCGCCCGCCCUAACGCCAGGUUUGGCAAUUUACCUGUCUAACAUCAGUACGCUUGCGCUCAGAUGGGAGGAGUGGAAAUAUUUUAGGCUUGCCCUUAAAAACAUGAUCCAAAGUGCUAAUUUCAGGCAGCACUGGUAGGGAUAUUUAAGACCAACCAAAAGCUGGUUUAAAGCGGUAACGCAGUUGGUUAUGGCAGGAAUUUUGACAGCGGAAACUCAGCCUAUCCAGCCGUGAUGCACACUGCCCUUAAGCGCAUGGAACAAGAUGGGAUUUGGUGCCUGUAUACUUCGUAUUUAGAAACAUAAAACACUAAAGUUCUUUCCCCAUUUUGUUUUAUUUGAUUAAAAACCAAGCAUAACCUCCCUUCCUCUCAAUGAAGGCUGUUUUCUUUUUGUCCUGCCCAAUGUAAUCAAGUAGGCUAGUCAAGACCGUUGAUAAAGUGUUUUGCUCGUGAGACUGCUUGGAAAUAAAUCUUAUUCACCAAAGCUUUAUUAAAAUACUGUACCAAGUUAAAGAGGAGAAAAACAGUGAGCUGACGUUCCCUUUUUAUCUAUGUAUUGUAGGCAGGCUUAUAUUAUUUUAGCCAUGCUUUGGACGUGCGUAAAACUCCUUCCAUGGUAUAGGCUACAUGUGUCCAUGCCAUUCAUGCUAGCACAGACUGGAAUAUGUUCCGGGAUUCAUCCAAUGGCAUUGAGGAGUAUACCACCUCAGUCAUCGGCU